AUGAAGACCAUGAAAAUAAUUUUUGUGUUUAGAGCGAAAGUGAUUAAUUCCAUUUUUAUGUUUUCAGAUAUUCUUUUCUUUAUUUAAUAAACCCUAUAUUUUUUAGAGUAACUACAUAUAAAAAUAAUUUUGCUUUAAUUUUAAAUAUUGUAAUUUUCAGAGCAGUGA